AUGGGAAAUUCUUGUGCGAGUUGCACAGAUUUCUCAUUCUCGAAAACAGCUUCAGGAUCUGUUCUAGAUAGAGUGAUUUCUCAAGCGUCUAACGAAGACGAUUGUUUGUUGUAUAAGUUGGCGGAUUAUAAAAAAGGAGGAGAAUUGAUCAAUGUAUAUAAUAAUGGUGGCCAGGACGAAGCGGAACGAUUUAUUGUUGAAAAAUUACCCGGCCUUAUGUAUAACAACGGUAAAGGUCAAGUGAUAAAUCGAAAUGAUUAUUUGAGAUGGAAAUUUCAAAAUCGUAAACACGUGGCUGUUAAUGUCGAGGAAAGGCCGGGUCCUCACGAUCCGUUAACAAGAUGGGUGGACCAUGUGGCGUGCUGGCAAAUGCAGUAUAGAGGAUCAUUAGGCGAAAGUUUGCUGCACGUAUUAAUCAUAUGCGAUACCGUGAUACACACUCGGCUGUCCCGACUACUUCUCAAACACUACCCGAUGUUAAGUCAAGAUGUUGUGGAAGGCGAAGAAUAUCUGGGCGCUAGUGCAUUACAUUUGUCUAUUGCUUAUAACAACAACGAUUUAAUCCAAGACUUGGUUGAUGCUGGUGCAAAUAUUUGUCAAAGAGCCAUAGGGAGCUUUUUCUUACCACGCGACCAACAGAAUAAAGAAAUCAAUAACAAACACACAGAUUACGAGGGUCUAGCGUAUCUCGGGGAGCUGCCGUUAGCGUGGGCUGCUUGUUGCGGGAACCAAACGGUAUAUAACCUGUUGAUUGAUGCUGGAGCAAACCCUGACGCCCAGGACUCAUUUGGAAAUAUGAUUCUCCAUAUGGUGGUCGUUUGUGAUAAACUGAGUAUGUUUGGUUAUGCGUUGAAACAUCCUAAAGUGCCAGCAAGUAAUGGUAUCAUGAACGUGGCAGGACUAACACCUUUAACACUAUCGUGCAAACUUGCAAGAACUAGUGUUUUCCGUGAAAUGUUGGAACUAAGUGCACGGGAAUUUUGGAGAUAUAGUAAUAUUACGUGUUCGGCAUAUCCUUUAAGCGCGUUAGACACAUUACUUCCAGACGGAAGAACAAAUUGGAAUUCAGUAUUGUUUAUAAUUUUGGACGGUACCAAAGAAGAACAUUUAGACAUGCUCGAUGGGGGCAUAAUUCAAAAAUUAUUAGAAGAAAAGUGGAAAACUUUUGCUCGGAAACAAUUUAUGAAACGUUUGGUUAUAUUAUCCAUCCAUCUAAUCAUGUUGAGUAUUUCUAUAUACCUAAGACCCGUGGACCAAGACAAACCACUGUUAGGAGAAGCAGAAGAUUGGCAAGACGUGGCAAGGUAUUGUUUUGAAGGUGGAACAGUAGUCGGAGUGCUGUCAUAUUUAAUCGUUCAGCAAGGCGGAGAAAUACUCAAUCAAGGUCUGGUAGGAUUUUUAAAACAAACGUUCAAAGAACCGGCCAAACUGAUAUUUCUGAUUUCAAAUUUAUUGAUAUUGGCUUGUAUACCACCCAGGAUGAUGGGUGACAAACAGACGGAGGAAGCCAUAUUAGUAUUUGCAGUUCCCGGAUCAUGGUUUUUGUUAAUGUUUUUUGCCGGCGCUAUACGUCUGACUGGUCCUUUCGUAACUAUGGUUUACUUGAUGAUCACAGGAGACAUGUUAACCUUCUUCGUCAUAUACUCAGUAAUUUUGUCUGGUUUUACGCAAUCGUUUUUUUUCCUCUACAAAGGAUCGCCAGACGUCAGUACGUCGUUGUAUAAAUCUUACCCUUCUACGUGGAUGGCUUUAUUUCAAAUUACUAUGGGCGACUACAAUUACGCGGAUUUGAGUUACACCGUAUAUCCAGCGCUCAGCAAAACUGUGUUUACGGUUUUCAUGGUGUUGGUGCCAAUUUUAUUACUUAACAUGUUAAUAGCUAUGAUGGGCAACACUUAUGCGCACGUCAUCGAACAGAGCGAAAGGAAUGGAUGA